AUGGCUCUCUCCCAGCUUCGUUUGACUGUCCUCCUACUCCCUUACUUCAUCCUAUGCGCCACUGCAUUCACAACCCGCUCGUGGCAAGCUGCUAGCCAACUAGCUGCUCAGAAGACGGCGGCGAUGACCAUAGAUGAGAAGGUUGGUGUGUUGACUGGGGUGACAAUGGCUGGCAGUCGAUGCAAUGGUGAUACACACCCGGUAGCCCGCCUCGGUAUCCCGGCAUUAUGUCUUAUGGACGGUCCUGCCGGUGUUCGUCCCGGAACUGGAGUGACUGGUUGGCCCUCAGGCAUCAACGCCGCCUCUACUUUCAGCCGUCGUCUGAUUCGUGAGAGAGGCGCGGCAAUUGGCGACGAACUACGCGGCAAGGGUAUCCACGUUUGGUUUGGCCCCGCUCAGGAUCUCAUGCGUAAUCCCAAAGGAGGUCGUGGAUGGGAAAGCUUCGGACCGGACCCUUACCUCAACGGCGAAGGCGGCUAUGAGACGAUCGUCGGUAUCCAAAGCAGAGGCGUUCAAGCCUGCGCGAAGCAUUUCACUGCCAACAACCAGGAGCACAAUCGUUACAACGGGUCGUCGACAGUGGACGACCGCUCUUUAUGGGAGAUGUACGGCUAUCCAUUCCUUCGCAGCAUUGAGGCCGACGUUUCGGCAAUCAUGUGCUCUUUCAAUCGCAUCAACGGCACCUUCACAUGUAGCUCCCCAAAGCUCUUGAGCGAUACCGGCUUCCUUCGAUCCAACGGUUUUAAGGGUUAUGUCAUCACUGACUGGGGUGCUGAUCACGGCUUUGCUGCGGAAAAUGCUAACGCUGGUCUGGAAAUGGAGCAACCUGGCGAGUACGACCCUCAACUCGAGGGUGGAGGUCUCUUCGCCAAUGGUGGUCUCAAGGAUUCGGUUUUGAACGGUACUGUGUCGGCUGCUCGCCUUGAUGAGAUGGUCAAAAGGGUGUUAACACCAUUCUACCGCCUUGGUCAAGAUUCCGGCUUUCCCGAGACGAACUUCCACACGCAGCAGACUGGUGGCCCUUACAACCAGAACAUCGUGGUCCGUACGCCUCAGCACGUUGCGCUCGCCAAAGAGAUCGCUUCCGCCUCGGCCGUCCUCCUCAAGAAUGUACGGACAAUAAGGCGUCCUGGGCAAUGGUACGGAAAUGGCGGCCAAAACCAACGCGAAUACGGCUUGCCCGUCACCAAGUCCAAGAUCGCGAACAUGGCUGUCAUCGGUGAAGACGCCAAGCUCAUGGACAGGUCCUUGUGCAACUCCUUGAAUGAAUGUACCCUGGGCACGAUGUCUGUUGGAUGGGGCUCGGGUGCCAAUUCCCUGGAAUUCCUCGUUGCGCCUGCAGACGCUAUCUCCGCCUACGUCGGUACCUCUGCGACUAUCGCCAGCUCCCUGUCAAACGACGCUGCCGCUGGUGCCGCUGCCGCCGCCGGUAAAGACGUAGCGUUUGUCUUCGUCAAUGCCAUGAGUGGUGAAUGGAUCGUCGAUAUUGUACACGACCAAGGAGGCGACAGGAACGAUCUCGAAUUGUAUUAUAACGGCAAAGAAUUGAUUGAAAGUGUCGCAGCCGUUUGCAAUAACACCAUUGUCAUCGUCCACUCCGUCGGUCCCGUCCUCAUGCCAUGGUCCACGAAUCCCAAUAUCACUGCUAUCGUCUACGCUGGAGCUCCCGGAGAACAGACUGGGCCGUCAAUCGUUGACGUCUUAUACGGACAUUACAACCCACGCGGCAGACUCCCCUUCAGUAUCGCAGAUAGCGAAGCCGCUUAUGGUACCGAGAUUGUCUACGAUAAGACAAUCGGACCUUUGACGAUUGACUAUACCGAGGGCUUGUUCCUCGAUUACCGAUACAUGGAACAGAAUAACAUUACUCCCCGCUUCGAGUUUGGCUUUGGGCUCUCAUACACUGCAUUCUCUUACAGCAACCUUCAAAUCUCGAAUCAAGGUCCCUUCAAGGUCAUCAAAUUCAAAGUUCGAAACUCCGGCAGCGUUGACGGGACAGAAAUCCCCCAGUUGUAUUUGGGCUUCCCCAACGGCUCUGGGGAGCCAAAGAAGGUUCUUCGGGGCUUUUCAGACGUCGGGCUGACUGUGGGGAGCAGCAAGACCGUAGAGGUAAAACUAUCAGUCCGAGACAGAAGUAUCUGGGAUGUAGUUACCCAGAAAUGGGUUGUACCGUCUGGACAAUUCAAAGUCUACAUCGGAGCAUCGAUCAAAGACAUUCGUUUAACAGGAACUUUCUGA